AUGCUUGCAGUGUCCAUAUUUUUCUCUCUUAUUUUAUUUCAACUUGUAUAUACUGUAUCAUGGAAUCCAUCGACGUUUCAAUACGAUCCCGGUUCGAAUUAUCAAUUGGUUUGGUCGGAUGAGUUCACAAAUGUCGGCGCGGCACAAGCGGUAAUCAAUGGACAGCCAGCCUACGCAGUUAAUCCACAAAAUUGGGCCAUUCAAACAGGUUUGAUCAACGGUGGGUUACAGAAUUAUACGAACUCAAUUCAAAAUUGUUACGUUCAAAAUGAUCAACUCGUCCUUGUGGCUAUGCAAGCAACAUCGGCGACCAACAAUCUCUAUCCAUCCGCUAUGAUCUCAUCAGUCGGCUUGCAACAGUUUACCUACGGAAAGUUCGCUGCAAAGCUUGUCGCACCUUAUGGUAGAGGUCUCUGGCCGGCAUUUUGGCUCUUAGGCAAUGCCUGGGCACAAUAUGGAUUCUACUGGCCAACAGUGGGUGAGAUUGACAUUUUGGAAAUGAUCGGCGGGUGGGUAUGGGGUGUGUAUCAGGAUAAAACAGCCUACGGUACUGUUCAUUGGAAUAACGCAUCGAAUACUUUGUCACCAUCGAAUGCUGCAGCGCAAGGUACUUCAUGGUCAACACCGGAUGGAUCGAUGUUGCAUAACAAUAGUCUUGUCUACUGGACAGAAUGGAAUGAGACAAAUAUCGUCAUUGGAGUUAAUGAGUUCACCUAUUUCACUUUAAAUACAAACAAUAUUUCCGGCUCAAUCAAUCCGGUUGAUGCAUUUCACGGAAAAUGGCCAUUUUACUUGUUGUUGAAUAUCGCUGUCGGCGGAUCGUGGCCAGGAUCACCAGAUAACACAACGGUCUGGCCUCAGAAUAUGGUCGUCGAUUGGGUUAGAGUCUAUCAACAAACAAAUGUUAGUAGUACUCAACAAACAAGUGUUAGUAGUACUCAACAAACAAGUGUUAGUAGUACUCAACAAACAACUGUUGGUAGUAACCAUUAUCAAACAAAUGUUAGUAGUAACGUCUCCUCCAGCGCAGCCACUGCGAUUUUUGUCCAUUUUUCUCCCUUAACCAAUUUUUUCUUUAUUAUUUUUUCAUAUCUUUUUUCUUUUCAUAUGUAUUAA